AGUCGCUUGGGGGUGGGGUUCGUGAAGUGCCUGAGUGUCCCGCAGGUUGGGACGUAGAAAAGAGGCCGAGACCGGAUUGCAGAUGUUUCAGGAAUAUCGGCGACGGCGGGCCCCGGGGCCAGCAGGGCUCAACCAACUGCCCUUUGACCCUGGCAACAAGAAGUCCCUGCAGUAUAAUAACAGGGCUGAUCCUGCUGAAAAUGGAGAUGAGGCAAGCCACAAGCGGCAGAGGACAACUCUACCUUCAGACACCGUUCACAAUCUGAAUCUUGAAUCUCCUCCGAUGGAUUUGGGCAUGUCUGACCCAGCAGCCUGGGCUACUGCAAUGAAUAAUCUAGGGAUGGCCCCAAUGGGAAUAACAGGAGAUCCAAUUUUGCCUGACUUUGACCCCACCCUUGGGAUGAUGACUGGGAUCCCACCAAUCAAUCCCAUGAUGCCUGGUUUAGGGAUAGUGCCGCCACCAAUCCCACCAGAUAUGCCAGUGGCUAAGGAGAUCAUUCAUUGCAAAAGCUGCACCCUCUUCCCACCUAACCCAAACCUUCCUCCUCCUGCCACAAGGGAAAGACCCCCAGGGUGCAAGACAGUGUUUGUUGGAGGACUGCCAGAAAAUGCAAUGGAUGAUACCAUUGUGGAGAUUUUUGAGCAAUGCGGAGAGAUUGCAGCCCUUAGGAAGAGUAAAAAGCACUUCUGCCACAUCCGUUUUACUGAAGAGUAUAUGGUAGAUAAAGCCAUUUAUCUGUCUGGAUAUCGGAUCAGGCUGGGUUCCAGCACUGAUAAAAAAGACACCGGGCGCCUCCAUGUGGAUUUCGCUCAAGCUCGGGAUGACCUCUAUGAAUGGGAAUGCAAGCAGCGGAUGCUGGCCCGAGAGGAGCGCCAUCGCAGAAGGAUCGCAGAGGAGCGAUUCCAUCCUCCCUCCCCACCCCCUGUCGUUCACUACUCAGAUCAUGAAUGCAGCAUUAUUGCUGAGAAGCUGAAAGAUGAUUCCAAGUUUUCAGAAGCAGCACAGACACUACUGGCCUGGCUGGAACGUGGGGAAGUGAACAGACGGAGCGCAAACAACUUCUACUCCAUGAUUCAGUCAGUCAACAGCCACAUUCGCCGGCUUACGAAUGAGAAAACUGCCCACGAAAAGGCCAUGGAGGAAGCAAAGGAGAAGUUCAAGUUUGCCCUCUCGGGGAUUCUUGCCCAGUUCGAACAGAUAGUGGCCGUGUACCAUUCUGCCUCCAAACAAAAGGCUUGGGACCAUUUCACGAAAGCGCAGCGUAAGAACAUCAGCGUAUGGUGUAAGCAAGCCGAGGAAAUCCGUAACAUUCACAAUGAUGAGCUUAUGGGCAUCCGACGAGAAGAGGAGAUGGAAAUGUCCGAUGAUGACACAGAGCCAUCGGAGACCAAAGAGACAGAAGAAUCAGCUUUAAUAUCGCAAACAGAAGCUCUGAAAGAAGAGAACGACAGCUUACGAUGCCAGCUGGAUGCCUACAGGAACGAAGUGGAGCUCUUGAAGCAGGAGCAGGGCAAAGGCUUCGCUGAAGACGUUUCAAAAGACCAGAAGCUAAAACUCCUUCAGCAGGCUCUGCAAGGCAUGCAGCAGCAUCUUUUGAAACUUCAAGAUGAGUGUGAAAGAAGAGCUGCUGAACUGGAAAAAGCCAAGGAAGAAAAACUUCGGCUAGACACAUUGAUAGAAAGCCUGAAAGAAAAGCAAGAACUGGCUGCUGGGAAAGACUCCAGUGAUCACCAAGACCAUGUCAGCAACUUUUCACCAAUCUGCUCAGUGAGCCAGGAAAAGGAGAGCAUGCUUGAAAGAGGACUCCCCAGCAGCCCAAUCAAAUCAGAAAGGGAAGCAUUACUAGUGGGGAUCAUCUCAGCCUUCCUGCACGUCCACCCAUUUGGAGCAAGCAUUGAAUACAUUUGUUCCUACCUCCAGCGGCUUGAUAGCAAGAUCUGUGCAAGCGAAGUGGAAGCUCUCAUGACUCGACUUCAGCAUACCUUCAAGCAGGAGAUGAGUGGUGUUGGAGCCAGCCUGGAAAAAAGGUGGAAGUUUUGCGGCUUUGAGGGCCUGAAGAUGACGUAAAUUUGAGACUUUGGACAUCGGCAAUCAUCCUGGGCGCCCAAGUUGAACAAGCUAGCCAUUUUGCACCAGAAUGGAUUCACCCAUGGUGCAGUCACUGCCUCACCUCAUAGAACCACUUCAACAAAACUGGGGGCCAAUUUGUAAGGGCUGUAAUAUUCCUUUUUUUGUUGUUUUCCUUUUUGUACUGAACUGAGCCCUUCAGCCGGGGAGUAUCCUGGCAAGUUCUCUGGUCAGUUCUAACACUGCUGUUUGAAUCUUUGAUACUUUUUUCAAAAAAUGCUGUAGCUCAAAACAUUGUAAUAACAAAUUUAUACAUGAGAUCCUCAGACCUGUUAAAAUGUUUUUACUUUUGACAGCAGCUAUAAAAUCUGAGUAACCGCAGAAGUAAGAC